GGCACCGCCCCGCCGGUCCCGCCCCGCCACGUCCCGCUCGGGCGCCCGGUCCCGCCCCGGCGGCGGCGGCGGCGCAUCGCGGAGGCCGCGGCGGCCAUGGCGUUCACGCUGUACUCGCUGCUGCAGGCCGCGCUGCUCUUCGUCAACGCCAUCGCCGUGCUGCACGAGGAGCGCUUCCUCCGCCACGUGGGCUGGGGGAGCGAUCAGGGCAUCGGAGGAUUCGGAGAAGAGCCGGGGAUUAAAGCGCAGCUGAUGAACCUCGUCCGGUCCGUACGCACCGUUAUGAGAGUGCCAUUAAUAGCGGUGAACACCGUUACGAUUGUGCUGCUCCUGUUGUUUGGCUGAAGAUGAUCUGUUGCUAAAGCUUUUGGACAUCCAAAGAGGAAGGUUGCCAACCAUCACUGCUUUGAGUUUUCUGGGAUCCAACAUGGUUUAGCUGUCAAUUUGACAUUCAACUUACAAUAAUAAAGACAGUGUUUCUAUUUAUCUUAUUUCCUAAUGUUCACUUGCAGUUUCAUUAAACAAGAAAAUGGGAUCAGUGCAACAACGCUGUAAAUAUACUGGACUCCGCCAAGUUCUACUGCUGCCUGUUAAUAGCACUGACUGUUACAAUAUGCGUUGUAACAUAUUGCAAUCAUUGUCAAUAGGAUGUGGUUUCUAAUUGUCUUGUCACUCAGGGAUGGAUUUCCUUCAGUACACUCCCAAUUUAUUUUUAAAUUAAAAAAAAAUCCAGUGUUUGUUAUUUCAUAGUUACUACUGUGGCACUAUUUAAUAGAGUAUGAAUUUGGCUCUAGAAAUAUUAUAAACUAUUGAAAAUACCGUUGUGAUUUUGAGCUAAAGCUAGAUGGGGGGGGGGGGGGGAACUGUUUCAGUUCAAACUAUAAAUGGAAUUUUCCUGGCUAGGUUGAGGCCAGGAUUUUUCUCUUGGUGUUUGAUAGCUUUCUCAGAUCAAUGAUGUUUGAUGUUAAUGGCAAAGUAGGUUGAAAAUAGGUACAAUAGCUAUGCAAAAUCUCAAAGAGCUGUACUUAAAUGGAGGCAGCUCAGUGUUAAUUUAGACUAGCAAGUUAUCUUAGUAACUAGUAUUUGUUACUAUUCUUUCAAGGAUUAUUAUUACUUUUUAAAGCAUGUGUUGAACUUCUGUGUAGCACUUUGUGUGUUAGAAGUGGGGAACCAUUUGAAUUCUGAGCUUUUGGGGCAAUAAGGGAGGAGAAUAUUGCACCCUUUUCACAUGCAGUUCUUUUUCUAAACAGCAAAUUUGCAACCUCCAUCCCGCCCCUCCAUCUUCCUUAGUUAAAGUAAGGAGUUUCUGAAACUGAUCCUAUGGGUAUGAUCUUGCAGUUCUUUCUCAGACAGUACUGCUAAUUACUUUGCUGCAGAUCUUGUUUCAGUGAAGGCUGCUGCGUCAGGUCCAAUGUUCUAUAGCAACUUUGAAUGCAAGAAAACUGAUCCUCAUACACCUUUUUAGAAAAGUUAAACUUCAAAUGUCUUUUUUAUUUCUCGCUGCUGGAGUGUGACUGAAAUUGUUUUUAUUUUUAAAAGUGGGAAGGGCUAGAGAAACCUGGCACUUGCAUUGUUUUAAAACAGCUUAUUGUUCUCUUCUUCUGAUGUCUUGAGGACUAAAGCAUACAUGGUUGUAUACAAAGAUAAGUCUGUAAAAUGUGUAAAUGAACUUAACGGUCUUCAGUAGCAGUGUUUUCCAGAGUACAGUAUAUCCAGGAGGAAGGUUUUUUGUUGUUUCCUUUUUAGUGAAAACUUGUAAAUAAAUUUUGAAUUUCUAAGUUAA